UACGUGCUGUGCGUUUUUCUGGAUAUGAGUCACGGCGUUUUUUUUUUUUGUUUGUUUGUUUGUUUUUUUGAAUUGUUAUUUAUGAUUUAUUAAAUUUGUAGCUGAAUAAAAAAAAAGUUGGACGAAGAGGAACGUGAGCGGCACUUUCUUCAUCAUCCUCUUCAUCAAUCAGGGAAACUUCACUUCUGAGAUGUUUUGUGCAGGCGUGGCCAUCUUGUAAAGAUGAAAGUCAUCCCAAAAGGUUCACAAAAAUUUUUCAAAUUAGAUAUUGCUAGCUGCAAGUCUCAUAUCAUGUCAGCAGGCUUGACGCUACUGAGCUCGCUCAUCAUGGCGCUGCAUGCGGAGGUCGCGGCGGCCAUGUUGGACAUCAAUCCGAACGAGCACUGGACGCUGUGGAAGAAAACGCACGGGAAGCGUUACGGUAGUCAGCCCGAAGAGCUUCAUCGCCGAGGAUUGUGGGAAAAGAACCUGGCGAUGAUCACGCGGCACAACCUGGAAGCCUCCAUGGGCCUCCACAGCUACCAGCUCAGCAUGAACGUCCUCGGAGAUCUGACGCCGGAAGAGAUUCGUCAGUCUUUCGCCACCUUGACUCCUCCUAGCGACUUCCACCAGCUGUCUUCUAAUUGGUCGCCGAGCCAGACGGACGACCCCCCGACCUCCGUAGACUGGAGGGACCGAGGCUGCGUCACAAGCGUCAAGAUGCAGGUGAAAAGACCAGACGGGGAAAAAUCGUUCAAAAGUUGGAGAAAAGUUCCGAGUGGCUGUGUCCAGGGUUCGUGCGGUUCUUGCUGGGCCUUCAGCGCGGCGGGGGCUCUGGAGGGCCAGCUGGCCAGGACCUCGGGCCGCCUGGUGGACCUCAGCCCCCAGAACCUCAUGGACUGCUCGGGCAAGUACGGCAACCGCGGCUGCUUCGGCGGCUUCAUCAGCGGCGCCUUCCGUUAUGUCAUCGACAACGGCGGCAUCGACUCGGAAGAGUUCUACCCGUAUGUGGGUCGGUCCGGGCAGUGUCGCUACAGCGCCGCCCACCGAGCGGCCAACUGCUCGGGUUUCACGGUCCUGCCGAGGGGCGACGAGGGCGCUCUGAAGCGAGCGGUCGCCGCCGUCGGACCCGUGUCGGUCGCCGUCGACGCGUCCAGGCCCACCUUUGCCUUCUACAGUAGUGGCGUGUACGACGACGCGUCCUGCUCUCGCAAAGUCAACCACGCCGUUUUAGCCGUCGGCUACGGAGCGCUGCGUGGAAAACCGUACUGGCUCGUCAAGAACAGCUGGGGCUUUUCGUACGGAGACGGCGGCUACAUCCGGAUGGCUCGCAACAAAACCAACCAGUGCGGCAUCGCCACGUUCGCCAGCUAUCCUGUCAUGUAGAUCCCAGAAUCCCUCACGCCACGAUGAUCAAAAUGGAUUCAUUUUUGCAAACUGUGAAAUAUAAACUCUG